ACGCCGUGACGAAAAUGAAACGCACACCGUUGUUCUUCCUCCUUUGACCAAUCAGAGACGUCGAUGAUGUAAACACGGAAGCAGCUGGUGAAACAGAAAAUAUGAGCAAACGCCUUACCUGCAGAGUAACAGAUUGCUGAGUGAAGAAUGGAAGAACAACACAGAAAGAUUCUUCGGCAAAACAGGAUCAUCUUAGUUCGAGAUCUGGAUCCUUCCAGCCUUUAUGACGCCCUUUUUCAAAAGGGUGUUUUCACCCAGGGGAUGAUUGAUGAGAUAAAGGGCUCUGGAGGCAAGCAGAACCAGGCCAGACAGCUGGUGAUUGACUUAGAAACCAGAGGAAGUCGAGCCUUUCCGCUCUUCCUGGACUGCCUUCGUGAAUCAGGUCAGCAGGAUCUGCUGGAGGUCUUACUAAAUGGUUCUCCAGCAGCUCCCCUUCAGCCUGCAGCACCUUCAGCUCACCACCCUGUUGUGAAACCUCUGCCAAUCAAAUCUCCAAUUGAGGUUAAAAAAAUAGAUAUUGUCCCCAUCUGUCCUGUGGAGAUUCCCAGUAAGUCUCCCAGUCCAGCACCUGAGAAGGAUUACUUUAAACCAAGACCUGAAGGCAGAACACGUCGGGAUAGUCUUCAGUGCUAUAAAAUGGAUUCCAACCCAUGCGGUUACUGCCUCAUCAUAAACAACGUGGAGUUUGAACUGGAUUCUCGGCUCAGCCAUCGCAAAGGCUCGAACGUCGACUGUGAGAAGCUGGAGAGACGAUUCAAAUCCAUGAACUUUACCGUGGAAGUCAAGACCAACCUGAGACAGAGACAAAUUAAACAUGAACUGUCAGCGUUGUCUCGAAUGGAUCACUCUUCGUACGACUGCUGUGUGGUCAUCAUGCUCUCCCAUGGGACCGAGGUGACUCACAAGCGUUUCCCUGGCGCCGUGUACGGCGUAGACGGACAGCACAUCACAGUUCAGAACAUCACAAACUACCUCAAAGGCGAGAACUGCCCUUCUUUGCAAGGGAAACCCAAACUGUUCUUCAUCCAAGCUUGUGGAGGAGAUGAGAAAGACAUAGGAUUUGAGAUUUCUCCUGAGGAAGCCUCCCUGUCCGUCGGCGGGGAGGAUGAUGAGACGGAUGCCAUCCCGACGUCGUCCAGCAGCGACUCUUUGACUGAUGAGGUAGACGCCAGAGUGACGCUGCCGAGCCCCAGCGACAUCCUGGUGUGCUACUCUACUUUCCCAGGUUACGUCGCCUGGAGAGACGCUCAGGCAGGAUCUUGGUACAUCGAAACACUGGAUCGCAUCCUGGAGGAGAAUGCAGCCACUGAUGACUUGGUCACCAUGCUGAUGAUGGUCAACAAUGAGGUUGCCCAAAACUCUGCAAAAGGCCUUUACAAGCAGAUGCCUGGAAAUUUCAACUUCCUACGAAAGCUUCUCUACUUUCAAACCUCGGCAUAGAGGAAGACUCUUCAUCUUCACCACAUGUUUUGGUUCUUUACUGUAGAAUACAUGUUUUUUGGAAGAUGUGGGUAUUUUU